CGACGCGCGAACGCCGAGGCGCGCGAGACGAAUGAAGCGCGCGCGGUGGGUCAGGAGAAGAGACGGGGGGAGGCGAACGCGGCGGCGGAGGCGUGGGAGGCGCGAGAGAAACGCCGGAGGAAGGGGAAGCACGGGAAGAGUCGACGAGAGCGACGCGAAAAGGCGCGCGCGACGACGGAUGAGAGCGCGAAAGCGCGCGAGGAUGUCGAUAUGGGAUCGGAAUCUACGAGUUCUGGGGGAGCGAGAGAUUUAGAUUCCGCGCGCGCGAGUCCGCCGUUGUCCGAUGAAGUGAGCGAGGCGGCGACGGCGACGGCGGAUGGCGAGGCGAAUAUUCCUUUGGUGGGCGCCCAGGUCGUCGUCGGCGUGGCUUUCGAACAAGGACAGCGGGCGUACAUGGAGGACAGGUACAGCGCCGUGACUGAGCUGAAACCUUUUGGGUUGACGGGUUGCGAUGGCGUUCGUCGUUCGUUUUUGGGCGUGUACGAUGGUCACAACGGUGACUGGGCGGCGCAGUUUGCAAGCGAACGCAUGCACACUUUUCUCGCGCCAGACGUGCUCUUACAAGAUUCGUCGCCGUCGUGCCCGGAAAGACUCACGCGGUUCAACGUUGAUAUGGAAACGUCUUUGAAGAAAAUGUACAUGGAUUGCGACGACGAAAUUCUCAACAGCACCGCCGCGGAGGGCAGGCGAGACGGGAGCACGGCGGUGUGCGUCUUGCAAAUCGGCGGCGCGCUCUUCACAGCGCAUGCUGGCGACUCUAGAGCAGUCGUCAGCUACGCUGAUGGACGCACUCGCGCCAUGACCGAAGACCACAAGCCGUCGAUGUCGAAUGAACGGCGCAGAAUAACCGCAGUGGGGGGCAAGAUUGAAUUUUGCGGCUGCUGGCGAGUCAUCGCGGAUCAUCCGUACAAACCCGUGCGAGCGGCUUUGGCCGUCUCGCGUUCGCUCGGGGACAUCGAUUUCAAGCGACCGAAAGACUCUGGCGUCACCGCAGAACCAGACGUGUCGCGUUACGAGCUCACCGAAGAUAUCAAUUUCAUUAUUCUCGCCUCUGACGGCAUGUGGGACGUCAUUCGAGAUCAAGAGGCGGGUGACAUUGCUCGCAAAAUACUCGCCACGCGCGGCGUCUUGAGCGAAGGCAAUAUGCAUCGAGGAUCGAGCGACAACGUCACCGUCGUCGUCGCCAUGUACCUUCACUGACUUCACUUGCCAAAAAUAUUACAGCCAAACAACAUGUAUUGAGUGGUUUCGCUGAACCACUUUUUCCCGAACGAUACACACCAUCAUCAUAUAGGUUACACUCUAUUACACAAUAGAUCUAGGUGAUUAUUUCCGCACUUUGCAACAAUA